AUGACACUCUCAAAACUAAAAUUUAAGGAUAAACUAAUACAAAAGGGAAUACAGACGAAUGAGCAAUUGAAGAGAUUACAAGCCUUACAGAAAGAGUUAUCCGAAUGGGAUCAGGAUCAAAUUGAACCGACUUCCGUCCACGGCGUCGCUAAGCAGUUACUGGACAAAUCGCUACUUUUACACAAAGAUAAACACAUUAAAGCUUUAGUAGCGGCUUCUUUCGUCGAUAUCUUGCGUAUAUGCGCACCUGACGCGCCAUACACUCUCCCAGAGCUCAAGGACAUAUUUGCGUUCAUUUUUAGACAAGUAGCACACCUUUGGAAACCACCGAAGGAUAAGAGACAAAAUGAUGUACAGUGUUAUCAAGAAUAUUACUAUAUCCUCAGAACAAUGGCAGACGUCAGUUGCGUCGUUCUCGUCUGCGAUUUACCAAACGCUGAUGACAUUAUAAAUGACGUAUUUAAAGACUUCCUCUCUGGUAUACGUCCAGAUACAUCACCCCGUUUACAGGGCUUCAUGGCAGACAUAUUGUCUCAAUUGAUUGACGAAUCAAAUUCAAUCCCAACCGAUAUCAUUGAAGCUAUGUUGAUUGCAUUUUCUGACAAAACUGCAAAAAUCAACCCAGCGAAACACAAACUUGUAGUUGAAGUUUGUAAUAGAACUUCGGAGAGAUUGCAAAAGAGCGUAUGUCAAUACUUCAAUGAGAUUCUUCUCAAGGUUCUCGACGAAGAGUACAGUGAACAGACAUUUGAUGAAGUUAUCGGUGCUCACAAAAUAAUAAGAUCAAUACAUAGACAUUCACCAAGAAUAUUACUUAGUACAAUUCCCCAAAUAGAAGCUGAACUGUUAUCUGAAAAUAACGAUCUACGCGAUGUUGCUACACGUACAUUAGGUAGGAUGUUAGGAGAACCAACGUCAGAUAAUGCGUAUUCAUCACUAGCAAAGGAGCAUCCAAAUACUUUCAGGGCGUGGAUUGAUAGAAGAAGAGAUAUGUCACCAUCAAUAAGAGCAGUUAUCGUUGAGCACGCACCAUCAAUUAUUCUUACACAUCCACAACUUAGUAAUGAGAUAAUUACCACAGUCUCAGACAAGCUCCGUGAUUUCGAUGAUAAAGUGAGAGCAACAGCUUGUCAAUUUUUCCAAAAGAUCACCUACGAGAUUGCAUUAACCUACACGUCGAGAAGCACGCUAGAUGAGCUGGCAUUGAGAUGUAAAGAUAAGAAAGCUGUAGUCAGACAAGAAGCAUUUGAAAGUUUAGCUAGAAUGUAUAGUUUAGCUUACGCUGAUAUUAAUCUCGGCAACGUGAAUGCUUCAGAGAAAUUUGGAUGGAUUCCUAGAGCUAUUCUUGCCCCACUACAUAUUAGUUUCCCGGCUCAAGCAGCUAGUAUCAAAUUACAAGUGGAGAGGACGCUCGUCAAGUAUAUCUUACCACUCAAUGCUGAAUCUGAAGUCGCUUGGGUUGAUCGCUUCCUGAAAGUUUACGAAGUUUUAAGUGACGAUGAGAAGAAAGCGCUUUUAACUUUGACAGGUGUUUGUAAUAGCGCGCAACGACUUUACACAAUUCGUUAUGUUGAAUGUUGUGAGGAGUUCAACAAUGAUAGAGAUGACAAGGAGAAAAAGGAGCGUAUCUUAUCAUAUAUCAAACUUGUCAGUUCUUUAUUCCCAGAGGAUUCAAAAGCUUCAACUGAUUUGCAAGAAUUUGUCAAACUGAAUGAAACUCGUUUAUACAAGACUCUGAAAAUUGCCAUGGAUCCUCAGCAAUGUGAUUUCAAAACCUUGCAGAAGUGCCAAGCUGAGCUUCACCGUCGUCUUGAACAGAUAUCUGGUAACAACAAGACACUACCAAGUACAUUUGAUGCCCUCCUUCUCAAAUCAACUUAUCAGUUCGUCAACAAAUCUUCUAUUCCACAUCUACUCAAGAAGUACGUUAAUGGUAGCAUGUCAGCACACAGUGUACUCUUAGCAAUCGCUAAAUUUACACCACUCAUGUUCAAAAACCACAUAAGUGAACUUGUGAAACAAAUAAAUGACGAGCGUUCAGCCUUGGUGGCUUUACGUUCACUAGCUGCUAUCGCGAAAGCUGAUAGGAGUUCCAUUCCAACAGAGAAACGCUUCACUGAUCGUCUCAUACGCUUUGCGAAUCAAGGGUCACAUGAAGAAAUCAAAUUUGCAACGCGUAUUCUUUCAUACGUUGAUAGUGCACAGGAAACACUUAAGAAUAUUACACAAGCUACUAUAAAUGAUUUGAGUUUAACCAACGAAGAAGGCUUGAUGAAGCGUAUGUCGUUCUUGGCUGAAGUGGCCAAAUCUUCGCCCGACAUUGUCCAAGACCAAGUAGAAGCGAUGUAUGAGUUCAUCAGCAAUGAUCUCAUGCAACGUCCGCAUAAUUCUGUCGAUCCAGAUGUCGAUAUUGAUAUGGAAUGGGUUGACGAUGAAGACAGGAUCGAUGCACUCACUUUCGCGAAAGUGGAUGCACUUCGUCUUUGCACAUACAUCACUAAGAUGAAGAGCGACAACCCAGAUCAGGAAGUAGAGAUGGCAAAAACAGUAGGACAGCUUUUCUCCAAGAUUUUGCGUAAAAAAGGUGAUGUCUUGACAUUAGUUGAAGAAGAGGAGAUGGAUUCAGAUGUUAAAAACGAUGAUGAAGAGAAAUACCAACUACCUGCUUUUGUACGCUCUAGAUUACGUCUUAGGACACUCCUUAGUUUGCUCAAAAUGGCACAAGAUGAGAGAUUAGAGAAAGAGAUCGUUAGAUCGAAGUUCUUAUUGAUGUCGGUUGCUGUACAAGAUGUCGCCUACUCUGUUCGCAGGAUUUAUCUUGAUAAACUUGUCAAAUACCUAGCACGUUUCAAGAUUCCUUACCAUUAUAACGUCUACGUGUUCCUUACUGCACAUGAACCAGUACCAGAUAUUACGACAAGCAGUCAAAUCUACGUGCAAUCCAUGCUACGUCGUCAACCGCCAAAAGUACGACUUAACGCGUUUGAAAUGAUUUUCUACCGUUUGCUUCACACCUUGGCUCACCAUCCUGACUUCUCUUCUCAUCCAGCUGACAUAGAAGCAACAUCAAAAUAUAUUAAUUUUUACCUUGAGAUGGUUGCAACGAUCGAGAAUAUCAGCUUGUUGUAUUAUCUAGCUGGUAGACUUAAAACGGUCAGAGAUAUAACAACCAAGGAUAACAGCAUAAAUCUUUACAUCCUCAGUGAACUCGGUCAGCAUCUUACUAGCACAUUGGCAAACCAGAGAAAGUGGACACUUGCAUCUUAUGAAGGCAAAGUAAAGCUUGCAACUGAUAUAUUCAAACCACUCCCAAGCAGCGAAGUUCAGCGUGAGAUAAGUCAGAAAGUUUAUCUCACAGAAGAGAUGAUGAGCAGUCUUAAUAGUGUAAAGAACAAGCCAAUACAAAGAAAAAAGAAACUUGCAGAAAGUGGAAAUACCACGAAGAAACCAGCGAAACGCGCAAGAAGGAAGCAUAACUGGGAGGAUGAAGACAGUGAAAAGGAUUCCAACGAGAGUGGAAGUGAUAUAGCCUUGACUGAUGAUGACACCAAGGAAAAGAGGAGAGGCCCAACGAGAAAAGCUCGUCCGAAUGGCAAGCGUAUACAUGACUCUGAUGAAGAUGAAGAUGAAGAUGAAGAUGAAGAAAAUGACGAGAAUAUGUCAGUCGAAUCUGUAACUGCUUGAAUAUCACCUAUUCAAAUUGAAAAUACCUUCACUACUUAAAAAUCAAUUAUGUAAUUAUAUUCACU